AUGGAACUUGUCGUUCUUCACUCACACGACAAAUCGUUUAAACCAAACGAUUUGUCGUUCUUGAUUGAACAAAAAAACAAUAAUGGUGAUGUCAAGUGUUUUGACACUGAGCUUCUUAAACAUGCCUUAGCUAAGGUGUUGGUGCCCUUUUAUCCCUUGGCGGAUCGGCUAAGGUAUGACAAUGGCGGUCGCCUUGAAAUCAAUUGUAACUCGGAGGGAUUCCUUUUUAUGGUAGCUGAGACAGAAUCUGUUAUGGAUGAUUUGCUGCACAGAUUACUCGAUUCAAAUGUGAGUGCAGUAUCAAUUGGUUUCAGUAACCAACACCGUUUAGCCGAUGGCACAGCAGCCAUGUACUUCGUCAACGCAUGGUCCGAAGUGGCUCGUGGUCUUCACCUAUCACAACACCCAAUCCUCGACCGAGCAUUACUUCGUGCUAGAAACCCACCACAACCAAAUUUCAAUCACAUAGAGUACCAACAAUCACCACAACCACUCUCCAAAUCUACUCAACAACAAGAGCCCAAUCCAAUAGUCAAAGUUUUCAAAUUCACUAAGGACCAAAUCAAGAUUCUCAAAGCCAAAUCUCAACAAAAUGGCACCAAUAACUAUAGCACAUUUGAGAUUCUAUCAACUCAUAUUUGGAGAUGUGCAUCUAAAGCAAGGUCACUUCCAAGUAACCAAGUUACUAAAUUGUUCACUCUAAUUAAUGGUAGGACUAAAUUGGACCCACCACUCCAACCUCAUUUAUUUGCUAAUGUUUUAUAUGCAACUUCAACUGUUGUUACCAUUGGUGAUCUUGUAACUAACCCAAUAAAUUAUGGUGCUAGUAAGAUUCAUCAAACUUUGGUUAAAAUAGAUAAUAGUUACUUGAGAUCAGCUAUUGAUUACUUGGAGCUUAGGCCCAAUCUCAUUCAUGGGCCUGGUCGUGGGGCUGAUGUUUACGAAAGCCCAAAUUUUGGGAGAGUUUGUUGGAUUGGGCUGCCAAUGUAUGAUUCUGAUUUUGGAUGGGGUCGGCCCUUUUAUGUGACCCCUGUUGGGCUUCGUUUAGAGGGUAAAGCUUACAUUUUACCUCCAGGCCCAAUUAAUAAUGGUAACUUAUUUGUUGCUAUUGCUUUGAAAGUUGAACACAUGAAAGUGUUUGAGAAGUUGUUAUAUGAUGGUGUGUGUGUUGGGAAUUCUACUCUUUAA